GGAGUCAUGAACCUUAUGCCAGUGCUGACCCUCCUCGGUGUCACGACUGUGCUACCCGGUGUACCAGCUCUGAGAUGCCAAAGCGGCAAAAUAGAGGCUGUGCGCAAUGCCUCAGAGCUGCCCCUUAUGUGGGAAACCGGCGAGGAAACUUGCGAGGUUGGGGAUGGUUGCCAAGACCUGGUGAUGCUGCUGGAGGAUGGACCCCAAAUAAACUUGUUGAUCAGCAAGGGCUGUGUUAAGAUUGAGAACCAAGAGCCCCAGGUUACCUGGCUCAGGACCGGUCCUGGACUCUCUAUCGUCUCCUACAUCCGUGUGUGUCGCCAUAGUGACUUCUGCAAUGAUGUGUCCAGCACUGAAGUUCUUGGAGACCUACCCACACCCACAGCCCCAGGGACCCUGCGCUGCCCACUGUGCCUUUCUGAAGAUGGUUGUGAGAACGCACCCCUGCAGGUCUGCCCCACAGGCAGCACACACUGCUACAGCGGAGUCCUCAGGCUCAGGGGAGACAACAUAAUUACCAAUCUGAAGGUUCAGGGCUGCAUGCCCCAGCCAGACUGCAAUCUGCUCAACGGCACCAAGGCCAUCGGGACCUUGGAUAUGAGUGAAAAGUGUGGUCCUCAGUUGGGUCCACAGGCUCUGGACUGCAACAGUGUGGCCUUAGACACUGUACGGAAUGUAUCAGAGCUGCACCUGAGCUGGACAACUGGCUGGAAAAUCUGUGAGGCGGGCCAGGGGUGCCUUGAAACAUUGAUGCUAAUACAGAAUGGACAAGAAUUUCACAUGGUUCUCACUAAGGGAUGUACUAGUGCUGCAAACAGAGAGGCACAAAUCACCAGGCACAGAACAGGCCCUGGAAUCUCUAUCAUCACAUAUGUCCAUGUGUGCCGCCACAAGGACUUCUGUAAUGACCUGUCUACAACUGAAAAUCUUUGGACUCCACCCCCUGACACAGUCCCAGGAACCCUGAGCUGCCCACACUGCCUGUCGACACGUGGCUGUGAACACGCACCUGAGCAGGUCUGCCCUGCAGGCAGCACACACUGCUACAGUGGAGUCCUCAGACUCAGGGGAGGGGGCAUAGCCACCAAUCUGAGGGUGCAGGGCUGCAUGCCAGAGUCAGGCUGCAACCUGUUUGAGGGCACCAAGGCCAUCGGACCCAUAAGAGUGAGUGAGAAAUGCGGGCCCCAGUCAGGUGCUCAGGCCCUAGAAUGCAGGAGUGGGCAAGUAGAAGCCCUAAGGAAAGUGUCGUCGCUGCCCCUGGACUGGACAACCAGCUGGGAGACCUGUAAAAUCGGCGAGGGGUGCCAGGAAACAGUCUUACUCAUAGUGAAUGGACCCAAUGUGAACUUGGUGUUCACCAAAGGCUGCACAGCAGACGAAGACCACAAGCCCCGAAUCACCCGGCACAGAACAGGCCCCAGCGUCUCCAUUAUCUCUUAUACCCACGUGUGCCGCCACUGGGACUUCUGCAAUGACCUGUCCUCCACCCAUCCUCUCUGGAUCCCACCACCUGUCACAGGUCCGGGGUCCCUGCGUUGCCCAUUGUGCCUUUCCAAAGAUGGCUGUCCAAAGAAUGCCCCCGAACAGGUCUGCCCUGCAGGCAGCUUGCACUGCUACAAUGGAGUCCUCAGCCUCAGGGGAGGAGGGCUCAUCUCCCAUCUGAAGGUGCAGGGCUGCAUGUCCCAGCCAGGCUGUGACCUGCUCAACGGCACCCAGACAAUUGGACCCAUAGAUGUGCGUGAGGACUGCGGUCCUCAGCUAGCUGAAGAGGCUCUGAAAUGCCAGCAUGGAACAUUGGAGAUCACAAGGAAUGUAUCACAGCUGCCUCUCCAGUGGACAGCUGGCCAGACAACCUGUGGUGUGGGUGAAGGCUGCCAAGACACGUUGAUGAUGAUAGAGAAUGGAGAGAUGGUGAGGUGGAUUCUCACAAAAGGCUGCACAACAGCUGAGGACCAAGAGGCCAAAGUCACAGAGCACAGGAAGGGCCCAGGGCUGUCUGUCACCUCCUACACCCGAGUAUGCCGCCUAGGAGACCUCUGCAAUUACCUGUCUAACACAGUCCCUCUUUGGGCUCCACCCUCUGUGACAGCCCCAGGCAGACUGCGCUGCCCACUCUGCCUUUCCGAAGAUGGUUGUGAGAACGCACCCAUGCAGGUCUGCCCCGCAGGCAGCACACACUGCUACAAUGGAGAUGUCAGGCUCAGGGGAGGGAAGAUCAUUUCCAAUCUGAGGGUGCAGGGCUGCAUAUCCCAGCCAGACUGCAACCUGCUCAAUGGCACCCAGACAAUUGGACCCAUGGUUGUACGUGAGGACUGCGGUCCUCAGCUAGACAGGCAGCAAAUGAACAAAAGUGCUCUGACAUGUUACAAGGGGGUCAUGUUGAAGCUUGGCACUGGCUUUGCUAAGGAAGCUGUCGAGUGGUCUGCUCUGUCGACCAAAGUGUGUGAACCUAAGGAGUUAUGUCAGGAGACGCUCCUCCUCAUAGACGUAGGACCAAGGACACUCCUACUAGGGAGCAAAGGUUGCUCUGGGCGUGGGGCAGAGGACAACAGUGGUAUCUCCAUAUACUCCAGCCCCCCUGGAAUGCUGGUAGCUUCCUACACACGCUUCUGUUCCUCCAACCUGUGCAAUGAAGCCAGCAGCAGCAGUGUCCUACUGAGCUCCCUCCCUCGUCCAAAUGUCCCUCCCCCUGGAGACCUGCAGUGUCCGGUGUGUGUAGAGUUGUCUGGAUCCUGCUUUCAGAACACCAACUUUGUCACCUGCCCUCAGGGGACCACUCGCUGUUAUAAAGGGGACCUUGUGCUCCAGGGAGGUGGAGUGUCUUCCACACUGAGCCUUCAGGGAUGCAUGUCCUCACCUGCCAAAACCUUACUGGGUGGCUCUAAAACAAUCGGGAUCUUCUCCACAAAAGAACUCUCUGAGGAUGAAAAUGAUCAAAAGCCUCUGGAUGGAGGUGUCUCGGCCUCUUCCCUGGCUUGGGUGUUAGGGCUGGGGCUCUUCUUAGCCCUUUGUUUGUAGGGCUUUGUCCUCUCUGCUGAACCCAUUUCCCUGCAAUCCUUAAUCCCUGUUGGCCACCCAUACCCAGCCCUCCUCUGACAUCAUAACCUAAGACCUUACACUUGGAACCUUCUGCCCAUGCUGUCCCGAUCCCUCACCUCUCAUCACUGAUACUGAUAUAUGGGAGCCACUGAUCUCACCCUGUGCCAGUGGACACCCACAUAUUGGCCAUACAUGUGGAAUAAUAA